AUGUGGUAUGAUGAAGAUGAACAACAAAAUCAAGGUCCAAUGAAUGGUAAAAUAACAGAAAAAAAUCCAAAUUAUGAAAAAAAGGAUAAAUGUAAUUGUAAAAAAGGAUGUUCGAAACGUUCUUGUUCUUGCUUUAAAUUUGGUAGUGGAUGUAAUUCAUCAUGUAGAUGUAGUUCAUCUUGUCAAAAUAUGUUCAAUCAUCUUGAAUAUUUCUUUGGUGAAAAUAAAAAAUAUGCUGCUAAUCCUUGUUUUUCAAAGUGGCUUGUUAAACAUGCUAAAAAUGCAGAUGGAUUGAAAAUGAUAAAUCAUGAUGAAUUACGGCAAUACAUCAUGGAAUGUGACUGUUUUUCAGACAUCAUGUCUUAUGAUGAAGAUUUGAAUGAAUGGACAAAGAAAUGGCAAACAAUUAACGAAAAUGAAAAAUUAGCUCAUACUCAAAAACUUUUUCAAAUGCUUCUAUCAGAUGAUAAAACAAUGCAUUAUUAUUCAUUUUGUCAUCAUGAUUUAUUUCAAGAAAAUUGUUAUUGGCAUUGUGUAGUAUGUCAGGAAUGUGUGAAAUGGAGAGAAUGGCAUUGUGGUGAAUGUAAUAAAUGUACCUAUGGUGUUAGUUUGCCAUGUGAAGGAUGUGGAGGAAGAAGUAAAAUGUCUGGUUUCUGUUAG